CCUACCACCAUUGAAUUACGAUUUACAUUUCUGAGCCGGUCAGUCUCUUCAGCUUCAGCAAAACCCUCCGACUGAAAAUGGCUGCAACCUUUGCCACCGCAUCAACCGUCGUAGGCCUGGGCAGCUCCUCCUUGUCAUCACCUUCCCGGGUCUCCGCCGCCGCUAAGAGAACAUGCCUCACUUCAGGUUUUGUGAGGUCCUCUGUGGGUGUUAGGAAUCCUCUGAGGCAGGCUCGUGCUUCGGGAGGAAAGUUUACGUGUUUUGAAAGAGAUUGGCUGCGCAAGGAUCUGAAUGUUAUAGGAUUUGGGUUAAUCGGAUGGUUGGCGCCUUCCAGCGUACCUGCAAUCGACGGCAAGAGUUUGACGGGUCUCUUCUUUGAAAGCAUUGGAACCGAGCUCGCUCACUUCCCCACCCCUCCUGCUCUCACUUCUCAGUUCUGGUUGUGGUUGAUUACGUGGCACCUCGGACUGUUCGUCGUGCUUACUUUUGGGCAAAUUGGGUUCAAGGGAAGGACAGACAAAUACUUUUGAAGCAACUUCUGUCUUUUGAUGUACCCAAUCCUGUCUAAAAUCUAUUAUGACUUCAACUCCCUUUACCCUUUCUUCCCUCUGUUCAUAAGAAAAACUGUCUAUUGUUUCCAGGCUUCUAGCAUAUAUGCAUGCCUAUUUGUACCUCUA